UCCCUCUCUCUCUCUCUCUCUCUCUCUCUCAUAUUCAUGUAUUAGUUGAGUGGAAGGGAGACGCCGUGGUUCCGCAGCUCUGACUAACACGUUGCAGAUAUUUCGCUGCCGAAGCUCGACGUCGACCUUGAGGGAUUAAAAGGCUUAUUGUUUAUCCUCCCUCGCAAAGUUCAGCGUCGUGCACGCUCGCUGAAUAGAGCUUUAUCGUUUCCGUUAGACGCGACUUCUGUUUAUCCGCUCGCAAAUCAAAGUAGAAAAGAAAAACCUGAGAUGUGAUUCAGUGAAGGUCAGCGAGAGAAGUUCAUCAUCCACAGCCUUCAGUUUAUUACUCACCAGCAUUUUGUAUUGAACAGAAGCCACGCCUUCUUUACUAAGACUGAGGUACAAAAGCCACACCUCCUUCACUGAGACUAAGGCACAGAAGCCACACCUGUUUUACUAAGACUGAGGUACAGAAGCCACACCUCCUUCAUUAACACUGAGGUACAGAAGCCACACCUCCUUCAUUAACACUGAGGUACAGAAGCCACACCUCCUUCAUUAUGACUGAGGUACAGAAGUCUCUCCUCUUUGAGUGACACUAAGACACAGAAGCCCCUCCUCUUUUACUAAGACUAAAGUGCAGGACCCUCACCUCCAUCACUGACACUAAGGUACAGAAGCCCAUCCUUUACUAAAAGUAAUGUAGAGAAGCCACGCCUCCUUUAUUAAAACUAGCAAGCAUUAGCCACACCUUUAUUACUAAGACUGAUGCACUGAUGCACACUGAGGCCACACCUCCUUGAGUUUAAAAAACACAGUGAAGCCACACCUCCUUGAGUUAGAUAAGCACACUGAAGCCACGCCUCCUGUAAUUGGAUAAGCACACUCAGGCCACGCCUCCUGUAAUGAGAUAAGCACAAUAAAGCCACGCCUCCUGUAAUUGGAUAAGCACACUUAGGCCACACCUCCUGUAAUUAGAUAAGCACACUAAAGCCAUGCCUCCUGUAAUUGGAUAAGCACACUCAGGCCACACCUCCUGUAAUGAGAUAAGCACACUGAAGCCACGCCUCCUGUAAUUGGAUACACACACUAAAGCCACGCCUCCUUCUCUGAUUCAGAGACUAGAGUAAGUGAUGAAUUAUUCGCCAGUUGGACAGAGUCCUGCUAUUUGUUCUGCAGUAUCGAAAGCAGAUCCUGUUGAUUUUUUUUUUGCUGGUGUGUGUGUGUGUGUGUGUGUGUGUGUGUGUGUGUGUGUGUGUGUGUAUGAGCACUCAAUAAAUGAUCUGCCUCAUGCACCUGAAUAGCAAAUAGCAGAGCUGGAGCGAGUCGAUACGUCAGCACAUGGAUCAGAUCCGUACAGAAAAUCGUUGCUAGCUGCACACUUACAGCCGGAGAACCGAGAAGAAGCUGGUGGUUUCAUCAGCUUUCCAAACGUUUCACUCCGCACAUGUUUAUUCAGCCGAGUCAAAGCUGUGUUUAACCGCCUGUCAGAAGUACUGAAGUUUUUAUUUAGGGAUGAAUCGAUAUCAGAACGUCUCGGUGUCGACGCUAGCGCCUCUCAUGCUGCAGCGUGUCGGUUCUGAUGAUCAGAUGCUUCAUGAAGGACGAGGAAUUCUGAUGCAACAUUCUUUACUGACAGCAUCCAGAAAGACGGAGAAAUGUUAAUCCCGGAGAUAAAACCCUCUUCCAUCUGAGCUUUCCAGCAUUCCAUAGAGUGUGUACACAUCGAGAACUGGUUGGGGCUGCAAACUGUACAGGAGGUGGACAUGGCUCUGUACACUGGAAUCCAGAGAUUGACUAUCAUGAACUGCAAUCUGAGGACGAUCCAAUCUCGAGCCUUCGCCCAAAACCCACACCUGCGCUACAUAAAUUUAUCCAAGAACCCUCUGACUACUCUUUCCUGGCAGCUCUUCCAGAAUCUACAGCUUAUCGAUCUGCGGUUAGAGGGUGUGGUGUUUAACUGUAGCUGUGAGAUUCGGUGGAUCCAGCUGUGGCAGCAGAGAGGAGAAGCAGGUCUCCAUAAUCAGCAGCUCUUCUGUAGCACAGGCUUCAGUCAGAUUCCUCUACAGCUGCUCAACAUCUCACGCUGCGAUGUUCCGGAGAUCAGCGUGUCACACAGUAACCUGACGGUGAAUGAGGGAGAUCGUGUCACCAUCACGUGUAAUGGGUCUGGAGUUCCGGUUCCUGAUGUUGACUGGAAGGUGAACUCUCUGCACUCCAUCAACACACAACAGGCCACUCAGUAUCCUCCUCACGUGCACUCGUUGACGUUAACGCUGUUUAACGUGAGUCGGGAUGAUAAUCUGUCCCUGCUGCCCUGCACCACCGAGAACAUCGUGGGCAGGAGCAACACGUCCAUCCAUCUGUCAGUCCAGUUCCCUCCCUCCAUCGUACGCUUUGAGAACCCGGAGAAAUGGCACGACACGUGCAUGAUGUUCAUCGUGAGAGGCCAGCCCCUGCCCACCGUGCGGUUCUUCUACAGAGACAUCGAGCUGCCGCAGACCGAUUACGUCCGCAUGGAGGCUGAAGUGUACCGGGACUCGCUCGAGGGUUGCCUCAUCUUCAAAAACCCCACCCACCACAACAACGGCAACUACACCCUGGAGGCUCGCAACAUCCUGGGCGUUGUCACCAAAACAGUCGAUGCCCACUUCAUGGGCGCUCCUUUUGAUGGAGACUAUGUGGAAUAUGUUCAUCCCUCAGCUCACUCUCCUGUGAGUCCGAGUCUGACUCCCACCAUCACUGUAACACACCGUCCUGAGGAGGACACGUUCGGGGUGUCGAUCGCAGUGGGCUUGGCUGGUUUCGCCUGCGUCCUCCUCCUCGUCAUGUUCGUCCUCAUUAACAAGUACGGAAGGCGCUCCAAGUUCGGCAUGAAAGGUCCUGUAGCUGUGAUAAGUGGAGAAGAAGACAGUGCCAGUCCCCUCCAUCAUGUAAAUCAUGGGAUUUUAAGCCCGUGCACGCUGGACGCCGGACCUGACGCCGUCGUCAUCGGCAUGACGCGUAUCCCCGUCAUCGAGAACCCACAGUACUUCCGUCACGGCCACAACUGCAGCAAACCCACCACCUACGUGGAACACAUAAAGCGACGGGACAUCGUGUUGAAGCGAGAGCUCGGUGAAGGCGCCUUUGGGAAGGUCUUCCUGGCGGAGUGUUAUAAUCUCAGUCCCACCAAGGACAAGAUGCUCGUUGCCGUGAAGACCCUGAAGGACCCCACACUGGCAGCGAGGAAGGAUUUCCAACGCGAGGCCGAGCUCCUGACCAACCUGCAGCACGAGCACAUCGUCAAGUUCUACGGCGUUUGCGUGGACGGAGAUCCGCUCAUCAUGGUGUUCGAGUACAUGAAGCACGGAGAUCUCAACAAGUUCCUCAGAGCUCACGGUCCUGAUGCCAUGAUCUUGGUGGACGGUCAGCCGCUGCAGACGAACGGGGAGCUGGGUCUGUCUCAGAUGCUGCACAUAGCCACUCAGAUCGCAGCAGGGAUGGUGUACCUGGCAUCUCAGCACUUCGUGCACCGAGACCUGGCAACCCGCAACUGCCUGGUCGGGAACGGCCUUCUGGUGAAGAUCGGAGACUUCGGCAUGUCCAGAGACAUCUACAGCACUGACUACUACCGGGUCGGAGGUCAUACGAUGCUUCCAAUUCGCUGGAUGCCUCCUGAAAGCAUCAUGUACCGCAAAUUUACCACCGAGAGCGACGUCUGGAGCUUCGCCGUCAUCCUGUGGGAGAUUUUCACCUACGGCAAGCAGCCCUGGUUCCAGCUCGCCAAUAACGAGGUGAUUGAGUGUAUAACGCAGGGGCGGGUGUUGGAGCGUCCUCGCGUCUGUCCUAAGGAGGUUUAUGACGUGAUGUUGGGCUGCUGGCAGCGAGAACCUCAGCAGAGGCUCAACAUCAAAGAGAUCCAGAAAAUUCUCUUUGCUUUGGGAAAAGCAGCUCCGGUUUACCUCGACAUCCUCGGCUAAUACAACCGGAACCCGGAACCGGAACUGGACCACGUAU